GCAAGAAGCGGCGGCGAGGUCAACAUAAACUAAGCACAGUCGGCCAAGCACUGUUUGUGUUCCGCAUUCCAGUCACAUUAUAAGUGUUUUCCUGGGUUUUAAAAAGAUACGAAGGAGAGACAAGAGUGACCUCGGACGCAUAGUUAAGAGGGCAGGAUGGAAGAUAAGCGAUUGGAAGAAGACAGACACCGUAAGAAAAAUUGGAAGAGAUGGGGACCUUACUUGUCCGAGCGGCAAUGGGGCACAGUGAGAGAGGAUUAUUCUGCUGAUGGAGCUUGCUGGGAUUAUUUACCUCACGACAAUGCCCGGUCAGUAGCAUAUCGUUGGGGAGAAGAUGGUCUACUGGGUAUAACUGACCGCCAAUGUCGCCUGUGUUUAAGUCUUGCCCUGUGGAAUGGGAAGGACCCUAUUCUGAAGGAACGCCUUUUUGGUCUGACAGGACCAGAGGGUAACCAUGGAGAAGAUGUGAAAGAAUGCUAUUAUUACUUAGAUUCCACCCCUACUCACUCGUACAUGAAAAUGUUGUACAAAUAUCCUCAGUCUGAGUAUCCAUAUUCACUGCUGGUAGAGGAGAACAGAAAAAGAGGGCUGAGUGACCCAGAGUAUGAGCUUGAAGACACAGGUGUAUUUGAUGAGAACAGAUACUGGGAUGUGACUGCAGAAUAUGCUAAGAAUACCCCCAGUGAUGUGCUGUGCAGGUACACAGUAGCCAAUAGAGGGCCUGAGGAGGCCACACUGCAUGUGAUCCCAGUGCUGUGGUAUAGAAACACAUGGAUUUGGGGAUGCAAGCAUGAGGGUUGCACAAAAAAGCCAUCAAUUAAGCAACACAAAGCAGGGGAACUUCAUUGCUCCCAUGAGACUUUAGGUCAAACCACUUUUAUUGCUGAUAAGGAUCCUUCUGGGAAGCUCCCAGCAUUUCUCUUCACUGAAAAUGAGACCAACUACAGAAGACUUUAUAAUGUGGAUAAUUACACACCAUACACAAAAGAUGCAUUCCAUAGAUAUAUUGUUAAUGGUGAGAAAGAUGCCGUUAAUCAUAAAUCUCGUGGGACCAAAGUAGGAGUGCACUACAUGGCCACAGUUAAACCAGGAGAACAGCAAACAUUUCAAGUCCGUUUCUUCCUACAGUCUGAAAAACCUGACACCAACAGCUGUUUUAGUAGUGAGAGUUUUGAUAAGGUUUUUGCGCAGAGAAUGAAAGAAGCAGAUGAGUUUUAUGAAAAGGCCAUACCAAACAAGUGCCCUCAGCAAAGAGCUGUUGCCCGUCAGGCUUAUGCUGGUUUAUUAUGGAGCAAACAAUUCUACCAUUACAUCAUCAAGGACUGGCUGAGUGGAGACCCAGAGAUGCCUGCGCCACCUAGAGAGCGUUUUGAAGGCAGAAACAAAGAGUGGGGUCACUUAUUUAAUAGGGAUGUCAUAUCUAUGCCUGAUAAAUGGGAGUACCCAUGGUAUGCCAGCUGGGACCUUGCCUUCCACAUGCUUCCAUUUGCUGCCAUUGACAUUGACUUUGCCAAGGACCAGCUGUUACUGUUUCUCAGAGAAUGGUACAUGCACCCAAAUGGACAGAUCCCUGCCUAUGAGUUUGCCUUUGGUGAUGUUAACCCUCCCGUCCAUGCCUGGGCCGUCAGGAAGGUGUACAAGGCAACUGGACCCAGGGGCAGCAGAGACCAUAGGUUUCUAGCUCGUUGUUUCCAGAAGCUUAUUCUGAAUUUCACUUGGUGGGUCAAUAGAAAAGACCCGGAAGGAAAGAACCUAUUCUCUGGUGGAUUCCUGGGUCUGGACAACAUUGGAGUAUUUGACCGCUCCAAGCCAUUGCCCCAUGGGGGACACCUAGAACAGGCUGAUGGCACAGCAUGGAUGGCGUUCUUCUGUGUGAUCAUGUUAGAUAUAGCUCUGGAGCUGGCAGAAGUGGACCCAGUCUAUGAAGAUAUGGCCAGCAAGUUCUUUGAGCACUUUGUGGCCAUUAUGGAUGCAAUGAACAAGUUGUCUGGUGGAAAAGGUUUGUGGGAUGAGGAUGAUGGUUUUUACUAUGACCAAAUCAAAUUUGGUAGUAAAACUGAAAUUUUAAAAUUGCGCUCUAUGGUGGGUUUGGUUCCACUUUUCUCUUGCCUUGUGCUGGAAGAAUCUAGAAUCAAGAAGUUGACUGGAUUUUACAAGAGGACAAAAUGGUUUCUGGAAAAUAGGAAAGACCUUGCUGACCAGAUUUCCUUAAUGACCACAGAGACAGGCAACAAAGAGAAUCUCCUGCUUGCCAUCCCAACAAAGGAGCAGCUGGUGAGAGUGUUGGAAUAUCUGUUAGAUGAGAAGGAAUUCCUGUCUCCAUAUGGUAUUAGGUCUCUGUCCAAGAUUUAUGAAAAAUAUCCAUUUGUGAUGUACUUUGAUCUUGAUGAGAAGAGAGUUGAGUAUGCACCAGGAGAGUCCACAACUGUGCUGUUUGGUGGCAAUAGCAACUGGAGAGGACCCAUUUGGUUGUGCAUGAACUAUUUAAUUGUUGAGGUUCUAAAAAGAUAUGACUUCUUCUAUGGUGACUCACUGAAGGUAGACUUUCCUACAGGCUCAGGAAACAGCAUGAGACUGAAUUCUGUGGCAGACAAGUUGUCAGAAAGAUUGACCAGAAUAUUUCUCCCAGAUGAAGAUGGCAGACGACCCUGCCAUGGAAAUGCUUCAAAAUAUGCACAAGAUCCCCACUGGAAAGAUUUAGUGUUAUUCUAUGAAUAUUUCCAUGCAGAAGAUGGAAGAGGCUGUGGGGCCAGUCAUCAAACUGGCUGGACUGCAUUGGUUGUGGACUUCUUAAGAGCUUGCAUUCCAGAGAAAUAGCAGUACAGCCUUAUGUAGGAAAAUACCAAACUGUACACUGUGUAAGGCGCAGAGGAGCAUUGGAAAAUUAGUAAAACUUAAAUAGAGUAAAAUGUUCUGUGUGCAAUACAUGAUCUGAAUAGCAUCCAAAUUUUUGGAUUCUGCAUAUAGUGCCAGUACUAGACAAUUAACCCAGAAUUCUCAAUGCAUAGUUACAAAUAUACAGUUGUAAGGUGUAGAAGGUGAGUAAUGUUUCAUAUUCAAGGCAAGAUACUCAGUUUAAUAUAGUUAAAGCAGAAAUUAGAGUUAACCUCAUGUAUGUUUCUUACAGGGUAUUUUCAUCAGAUGAAAACAAUACUCUUGUAUUCAAGCAAAAUUUAAAAACAAGGCAGCAAAGCUUUCAGACAAAAAAAUAAAAAAAAUAAAGCUGCACAGAAUAAGUUAUUUUGUCAACUUUGGUGCAAUAAUACAUUGUGCUUAACAGCAAAUUAAUGCAAAUUUUAAUUAUGCACAACAGAUAACAUGGAUGUUAGGAAUAUGUAACUAGCAUAAAGCUUUAGGUCCAUGAGAGUUCAAAUCCACGCACUGAAAAUGCCAGAGUGAGAAAAAAUGAACAUUUCACAAAAAAUUGCAUUAACCCCAGAAAGAAAAAUAAUCCAAGCAGUCUUGAUUUCCAAUUUGAACUACAUGUCAAUCAUAAGAAUCAUAACAUAUUUUAUUUGGACAUGUUGAAGAGCUGUGGUCAAAUCAAAAAAGUUAUGUUUCUUUUUUUGGCCAGGUUAUUUCAGAUCUCACAUUGCAUUUUUAGAAAGGUGUUAUGUGUGAUGAAGUGUAUUUAUUUGUCAACCUAUAAACCCUUGAGAAAAUCUGAACAUUAACAAUACACGCUCUCUCUCGCUCGCUCUCUCUCAUGGCUAAUUGCUUAAAUUUUGUUUUAAUUUGCUAAUGGUUAACUUGCCACAUAUCAAUUAAUCUAUAUACAUUGUGUUUGUCAAGUUACUUUGUAAAUGCAUUCAUAUACUAUUCAGUAUGGAGUAGAUAUGGAAGCUAUUUGACACUAUGGUUAUGCAUAUAGCCACUUAUGGGCCUGAAGUGAGUGGGUUUACACCAUUUUCAGAUAACACUUCUGUGGAAAACAUAUACAGCUUUAAUACUUAUCGAUCUAACAUAUUGGGUAAGAUUUUGUGAACCUGAGCAGAUUAUUCCUUUUAUUCUUUCAAGACAAGUGCAUUUUAGAAAAUAAAUGUAACUUUAUUCCAUACUUUAUUAAUUUUAUUUUUUAAUUUUCCAUGCUCAUGUGCAUGCCAGGUUAAUUAUUUUAGAAUAAGUUGGUUUAAGACAGCAAUUUUUAAUAUGAUGUUGUGAAAUAAAGUUGUAGGUGGGCCUAAAUCAGCCAAUGUGUGCAAAACAUAUCUGGUGAAUAAUAGAAAAUAACGUAUCUCACAUUGUAUUGCAAUAAAGAAAAAAAAAAAAACCAAUGAUAUGGCAAUCUCAAAACUAUAAUGUUAUUGGUUAGAAUAAUUCUGCAUUUUCUAGUAUUAACUUGUGUUAUACAAAAUUAUUAUGCUUAUUUCUUUAAGCAGUCUUGGACAAAAGUUAAUAAAUAUGUUGGUCUAUUAAUGUUUUUAUAAAUUUUAGUAGAUGUUUUAAAUUUCAAAUCCAGUUUCAUCAGUUAUGUAAUUGUAGCAUAUUCAAGUUAGUGUGGCUUUCCAUUCCUUGUGCUAGGAAAUUCCUUUUUUUUCCAAAAACUACAAUUUAUUUCUUUGUAGAUCUUGACAUGUGAUUGUUUAUGUGCACAUAUGGUGUAGAAUUUGAAUAAAAUUAUCUUCAUUGUCUUGAGGAAAUAGUGAAUUAGCAAUUGUUCAAUUUUUUGAAAAGUUUGACAAACAGUAUUUCAAUUCUUUAUAUGCUGACAUUGUGUUAAGUAUCACUGCCUGUCCACAUCUACACUGUCUAUGUAAUCUUUUUCUUCCAAUUUUUGAUUGUACAUGUGCUAGUU